CUAGUUUACUUUUGGUUUUAAAUUUUACCUUUGAGCGAGGUAACCAUGUCAGGUAGAAAAGAUAAAAGGGGAAACAAGGGUCCGACUCUAGCUGAUUAUCAGGCUGAUGCACAGAGAUUGAGGAGAGAAAGAGAUACUCUUUAUCUACAAACGCAGUAUGAUGCUGAAUAUAUAAGCAAGUUGCACCUCAACUACAAAGUAUUAGAGCACCAACUAAAGACGCUUAAGGACCAAAAAAGUGACCUUGAAAGGACGCAUAAUAAAACUAUGAAGGUAUUGGUACACAAUGAAAAAGAAGCAGUUAUAGUAACACUGAAAGAAGAUAUAACACGUCUCCAGGGUGAAAGAGAUGACAGGGACAAACAGAUCGCAGACCUGAAGGCUGAUAAAGACGAACUACAAACUAAACUCAGUAAAGUUGCUGGGGAAAGGAUGCUCGAUAAAAAUCCGCAAAUAGCAGACCUGGGUGAUUCACGUCGGCCACAGAAACUGGUGGAAAUGAUAUCUAUUCUGUAUGAUAACAAAUGGACAGACGCAUUUGAGAAAUCAGAAGAUAAGGGCGACGAAAAAGAUAUUUGUAUACACCUAUUGGAUAUAUUUAAGGCAUGUUGGAAUUUCUGCAAAGAAACCUGUGAAAAACAGUCCAAAAUUUUAGAGCAAAACAUACUUCUUGCAUCAGAAAACAAGGAGGGUUUGUAUGCCUUGUCACCAGGAAGUUCAAAGUUACUGACUGAAAUCCGAAAACGCUCAGCUAAAGAAAUGUUGCCUAAUUUGUACGAGAAAUUUAAAUCUGUGAAGCAAGAUAUCAAAGAAGAUUUGCAAACCUAUGUAGAAAGUUGUUUAGAAGUUUGCUGGUAUAGUGCAAUAAAUGAACCGCCGAUGCAUUAUGGGUUCGAUGCAGAAGAACAGGCAGACGACUUCAGGGAAUAUACACAAGGCGGGAAAUCGGUGGACUUUGUUGUUUGGCCAGCAAUGUAUUUGUGUAUGAAUGGACCUAUUUUAUACAAAGGGGUUGCACAGUAUAAAAACUGAAAUUGGAUGUGAACAAUAAUUAUAUUACUAUCAAAAAUACAAAUUUAUUAUUAGGUAUAUUUAAGUUUUAAAAAAAAACAGUAAAAGUGUGUAUGCGCAUUUUGUUCUUUAGCAUUUAAUAUUAGAAAUAAAGAAUGACUAAUAUCAAAUUUAGUAUUAACUCGGCAUGUAGCCAUCUGCGUUAUGUAUAUUAAGAAUGUACGUGCAAUACAACAUCAUUUGAUGUAAAGUAUACGUAUAAAUAAUCAUUUUGUGCAAUGACAUAUAACGUAUAGAUCUAGAAAUGGAAUGUUCAACACAAGUUAAGGUAAAGGAUCGUCGAAUAAAUUUCUUAAAUUGCAAUUAUAUUGAAGUACUUCGUGUAAAAAUGAACACCGUAGGUUUCAAGGAAGAGGGUUAAAUUCAAGAAAACGGGGUUAACUGCAACGUAUUCGUGUGCCUGUCCAAAGUUAUUAAACCUUGCUAGUGUUAUUUAGUCACAUAGAUAAUUUAUUUUUUUGGAAAUUUCGUGCUAUGGUAGAACUUUGAAAUUGAUUAACUACUUGUCCCAACUCUGGUUGGUUUACUUUACAUCUUUUAUUCACUUAAAAACCUCGAACGGAAACAUCCAUUUCACGUUCUAAUAUUUUGGUAAUGAAAACUUGUUAUAGAUUUAUUGACCGAUUCCUGGCAAUUCGUGGGAAAAUGCAAAUUUCUUGAAUUGAUAUUUUUAUUUUAAUGAACAAAAUAUCCUGUUCAGAAAUGAUAUCAUUAACAUCAGGGUUUGUUUAUGACAUAUCAUCUUAAGUAUACGAUGGGUUGCCGUUAAUUAGGAAUGUUCAAUUGCAAUAAUGAUUGUAAAACCUUUCGAAUUACUUAACACAAUUUUGAAAAAUAUCACCCUUAGAAAAAGCACAUUCCUUUCUUCGUUUAAAGCAUGAAGAUAUGACCAAAUCACGUUAAUAUUUUUGAAAUUUGCUUUUUUUUUGUUUGAAAUUUAAAAAGACUACAAGGAUAUUUAAAAUGAAAUUUAAUUAUUUUUUGCAUUAGUGGUUUGUUAUACUGUAUUUUGUGCAAUUAAAACUAUGAUGCAAGUAAA